GUCUCGGCCUCGCUGAAGAGCCUGCCGCCUCCCAUCACCGUGGGUGUAUUGCACGCCACAAGACCAGUGCAUACAAGCCAGCAGUCUUUGGCUCCUCUGCCACCUUUGCCUGAGAAAGGAGGAGAAGUACGGCAUGGCUUAAUCCCUGAGGAGUUUUUCCAGUUUCUCUAUCCUAAAACAGGAGUUACAGGGCCUUACAUGUUGGGAACUGGACUCCUGCUUUACUUUCUCUCUAAGGAAAUCUAUGUAAUUAACCAUGAGACAGUUGCAGCUGCCUCCAUAUUAGCAGUCAUCAUUUAUGGCGUCAAAAAAUUUGGGCCUGAUGUAGCAGCUUUUGCUGACAAACUUAAUGAGGAGAAGAUCGCUAAAGCUUUAGCUGUGAAAAAUGAGAGUAUUAAAGAUCUGGAGACUGCCAUUGAGGAGGAGAAGAAGGAGCAAUGGCGAGUUGAAGGCCGUGGUUAUCUCUUUGAUGCUAAGAGGAAUAAUAUUGCAAUGCUGCUAGAAGCUAAUUAUCGAGAAAGAUUACUGACAGUGUACAAUGAAGUCAAGAAAAGGCUGGACUAUCAAGUGGCCAUGCAGAAUUUGAAGCAUCAGAAAGAGCAAGAUCACAUGAUUCAGUGGGUGGAGAAAAAUGUUGUUCAGAGCAUCACACCUCAGCAGCAGAAGGAGAGCAUUGCAAAGUGCAUUUUGGACCUGAAGGCAUUAUCAAAGACUGCGCAGGCAGCGGUGUAGUUGUGUCUGAUUGCACCCAGCUGUCUCAUGACUUACUGUUGGAUACUGUAUGAGUCUAAAGUAUCAUUAAACAAACCAACCAA